GAGUAAGCAGCAAUGAUCGGCCUGUCACUUCCAGCAGGUGCUCGGUAUGCAAAGCAAAGAGGAUGACAAAACCAUAGAUGGAGGGAGCAGGGAAACUGUUUGCUACGAGAGAGAGGAGCAAAAAAAAAACAAACGUUGUUUUGUGCUGUUGAUGGUGGUGGAGCAGAGACAGAUAAAGAGGAUAGAGAGGGGAAGAGGAGGGGGGAUAAACAUGGUGAUGGAGAGGGAGAGAGAGGGGGGAGGAGCAGAGAAAUGAUUCCUCUCUAAUCCUCUAGACACACGCUCGGUCUGGCUGCCUCCUGGCUCAGAGAGGAAGAGGGAGACGGAAGCAGGUGAAGGCGAACGGAGAGAAACCAAGAGGGGGAAAAGGAGGGGGAGAAAAAGCAAGAUGAAGGAAAGAGAAGAAAGCAGAACUGCCUCUCUGCACGCUGCGCGCUGAGACGGGAGGGGAGAGCCAGAGAAGCAUGCAAGGCUCUGAGUGUGAGGAAGGAGCCUGAGGAGGAACACGAUGCUUGAGUCCUGCUGUUCCUGAACCAAACCGGGAGAGUACGAAGGCGCAACAGGAGGGAGGGCGAACAGGAGGGAAACCCUUGAGGAAAGAAAUAGAAUAAAGCGCGAGAUACAAGAGAAGCCCGGGGAAAGAAACGCGACGGAGAGAAUGGAGGAGAGAAUCACAAGCAAAGGAGCAGAUCCUCCGGCAGCCCAGCUCACAUGAACGCGUGGAGCCGAGCCUGACCAAACUUACUACUACAAGAUGCUGUCAAAGAGCGAGCGUGAAAGGGCGGAGUGUCGGUGAUGGAUGUCCGCCUGCACGCACCGCCGCCGCUUCUUCCAACUGAGCAGGAGUAGAUGAAAGCCGCGCUCUCCUCGGAUCCAGGUGUGUGUGAGGGAACAUAUGGCCAGGCAGAUGUUAAGGAAGUGAACGGAGACCAGGAGUCGCCAGAGCAGAAGCAGAGAGGAAAAGAGGGGGGUUCGGGGGGAGGGGGGAGACACACUCACGUGUAAAGUGAGUUGGCAGCGGAUUACAUAGAUAUUGGGACUGUGUGUGUGUGUGUUUGUGUGCGUGUGCGACUCGCACCGUCCUACCAACUAGGAGCGGGGAAGAGCUGCAAGAGUGUGUGUUUCCGAAGAAAGGCAGAACACAAGUGAUGUGUCGCUGACUUUUCAGGCUCCUUCACACCUGGAGAUCCACCACCGGAAGCCACUCGCUACCUCAUCUCUGCACAACAAGUGGACUUUGAGCACUUUUAUCACCAGCGCUGCUUGUUCUCCCGCUGGCUGGGAAGCCCACUGGGGUGUCACUCCUGAUUUCCUCGGCCCAGUGGAUGCCUUCUAGCUCUGACCAUGGGAGAAUGGACCAUCCUAGAGCGCCUCCUGGAGGCUGCUGUGCAGCAGCACUCUACUAUGAUUGGAAGGAUCUUGCUGACGGUUGUGGUGAUCUUCCGUAUCCUGAUUGUGGCCAUUGUUGGAGAGACGGUAUACGAGGAUGAACAGACUAUGUUCAUAUGUAACACGCUGCAGCCGGGCUGCAACCAAGCCUGCUAUGACAAAGCCUUCCCAAUCUCCCACAUCCGCUACUGGGUCUUUCAGAUCAUACUGGUAUGCACUCCCAGCCUGUGCUUCAUCACCUACUCCGUCCACCAGUCAGCCAAGCAAAGAGACCGGCGUUACUCUUUCCUCUAUCCCAUAAUGGAGAAGGACUAUGGCGGACGGGACGGGGCACGAAAGCUGCGCAACAUCAAUGGUAUUCUAGUCCAGCAUGGUGGCGAUGGAGGCGGAGGGAAGGAAGAACCCGACUGCUUGGAGGUGAAAGAGAUCCCCAACGCUCCUCGGGGUCUCACCCACGGCAAGAGCUCCAAAGUUCGGCGACAGGAAGGAAUCUCACGCUUUUACAUCAUUCAAGUCGUGUUUCGAAAUGCACUGGAAAUCGGCUUCCUGGCAGGCCAGUACUUCCUUUACGGCUUCAGCGUGCCUGGGAUUUUCGAGUGCGACCGCUACCCUUGCCUCAAGGAGGUGGAGUGCUACGUGUCCCGGCCCACGGAAAAGACGGUGUUUCUGGUCUUCAUGUUUGCUGUGAGCGGCAUCUGCGUGGUGCUCAACCUGGCCGAGCUCAACCACCUGGGCUGGCGCAAGAUCAAGGCCGCCAUCAGGGGAGUCCAGGCACGCAGGAAGUCGAUCUGCGAGAUCCGGAAGAAGGACAUGGCGCAUCUGUCCCAGCCGCCCAACCUGGGACGCACUCAGUCCAGCGAAUCCGCCUAUGUCUGACAAAAACAUUGAAAAUAAAAGGAAAACGAGAGGGGGGUGGGAUAGUUUAUCAAGAGGGAAAAUGGAUAACACAUUUGGUGUCAAGCAAGGCAAUCAGUUUUCUGUGAUGGUGGAAGAAAACAGAAUGUAAAAUGACCAAAAGCCUGGCUCUGCGGCUUUGAAAGUCAAGAGAAGGAGGCAGAGGACUAAGAGCAUGAUAGUCUAAACCAGGACAAAAAGUUUUUCUCCACAGAAUGGACUUAAUUAACACAAUGGUCUCAUGAGAAGAUAUUCCAACCAUUUUAUAUAUCUGUCUUUUAUAACUAAUUACCUUCUAUCCUCUGUAAUGAGGAAAAAUCCAACCCACAUGGGGCCGGAGAGAGAAGAAUGAGAAAAAAAAGGGUUUGAAAGAAGAUGGUGAUGAUGUUCUCUUGGGAAAUUGGAAAAUGACUGAGGUGUGUGAUGCAUCUGAUGGUGCUUUUCAUCUGGACUUCAUCAGCUUCCCUUGAAAGAAUUGAGCGAAGGGGGGGGG